UUUACUGGCGACAGUGACAUUGACGUUAACUGAGUCACUGACUCGAACUCAGCUGGCUCACUCUUAAAGUUAAUGGCCUGGUUCUGUCUGCUCUAAUGUGCAUACAAAAUACUCAAAUAGUCACUAGUCAGUCAUAUAUAUUUUGAGAUAGAGACAAAUUAAGAGGUUUAACUAUGGCAGCAAGCAAAGAGGUGAUCUCUCUGCAGUUUGGUCAUUUUUCCAACUUUGUUGGCACUCACUGGUGGAAUAUUCAGGAAUCAGGGUUUGAUUACUCUUCGACAUCCCCAUCAGAGAUCAACCAUGACAUCUUAUUUCGAGAAGGGGAAACUCGUCUGGGCCAAACCACCUUCACCCCACGUCUUCUUUUGGUGGACCUGAAGGGUAGUUUAGGUUCAUUGCCCGAGCACGGUGGCUUAUAUGAAGCAGACCACGAGGAGCAGCCUGAACCUGUUUGGGUCAACCAAGUCGAUGUGCAGCGAAAAGAGAAGUUCAAGAACAAUGAAUUCUUAGCAGAUCUAGCAAAUGAAGAAAAAACGGGACAACCACUACCUGUGGACAAACAAUACAAGCUGGACGAAUACGUGGACGUGUGGUCCGAUUUCCAUCGCACUCGUUACCAUCCUCGAUCAAUUAACAUCAUCAAGGAAUAUGAAAGGGGUAGCGAAACCUCAGCAUUUGACGCUUUCCCCCAAGGUACCGCUCUCUGGAAGACAGAUUUUUUUGAAGACAAUUUUGUGGACAGUAUACGUAGAUACGCUGAGGAGUGUGACAAUCUACAAGGCUUCCAGGUGAUUGCUGACGCCAUAAACGCGUUUGGGGGGUUAGCAUGUAGCGCUACGCAGUUCCUGGCUGACGAAUACAGCAACAAGAGUAUUUUCUGCAUUCCGGUGGGCCAUGGAAGCUAUGCAGAGCGACUGGCGUGCAAAGAAACACUGCGGAUCGCCAACGUGGCCUUGUGUCUGCAGACACUAGCCACGCACAGCAGCAUGAUGGCGCCGAUGAGCACGAGCCGUGGCUUCUGGCAGCAGGACGCAGUGCCACGGUUGCUGGCCAACGUGGAGUACCGCGCCCACCUGCCUUACCACACGAGCAGCCUGAUCGCAGCCACCCUGGAUGGCUGCACACUGCCUUAUCGUCUGCGCAAUGGCCAGGGCAUGGCUGACCUCGAGAACAACCUUGUGUUGAGCGGCAGGAAGGCGGUGGCCGCCAGUCUAAACCUCCCGUUCCCCCUGGAAGGAAACUUGCUAAGCACCCUGGAGGAGUGGGAGGGGCCUUUGCUGCAGGGAAUGUCAGCCUGUUGUGAUCAAGAGAAUGAUCGCGUGUGGGUCCAGUCGGUCAGCAUAAGAGGAGUGCCAGUAACCAAGCUGAAGGGCCCCAAUGCACCAAAUAACAGUAGCAACCCCGCCUUCACUGCUACCCGAGUGGAUGAGAUGCUGCGCUACUUCCUGCAGUGCACCUCGCCUGAGACCAAGAGUCAUGUGUUUGCGGCAGCUCUGCCCUGCCAAGUCGGUGCGCCUUUCCCCAACAUUUUCUCACCAAGAGUCAGCCCGAGUGGCUCUUUGCUACCUGACGACCAGCCGAAUACAUCUGGUGUGCGCACAGUACCUAUGCUGGCUGGGCUGCACUCAAGUCGCAGCAUGGGUGCCAUGCUUGAAAGUCUGCAAGGCCAGGCGGCCCACACGCACUGGCGCAACUUGCCCCAACUGGCUGAAGCUGGACUUGAACGCGAUGACUACAACGAAUCUUUGGAGCAGUUAAUGCAAUUCGCCGAGUGCUAUAAUGAAGAGUUUGAAGUUUAAAACUUUUCAUCUUGGAAAGUAUACCUGACAGCAAUGGAGCUAAAUGCCCACUGGUUAAAUCUGUCGGAUACACAGCGUUAACCACAUUGAUGGAACCAUUUGAAUGGCAUCUAAAAAGGUAAAGACAGAUUAAAUCUUUGAAAUCUAAAAAUUGGAUAAAGGUCUCUAAUCUCUUUCCAAAACAUUAGCAACAUUUCAACUUACCCUUGUGUAAGCUGGAGGUUGAAGACCAAAAACGCGAAUUAGUUCUGAAUUGGUUAAGAGGGUAGAGGUUGUUAUUAGUUUCAUGUCAGCACCAGCAAGACCACGCACCAAAUUUUUAAAUGGAAGUUAUAAUAUACUUCUUGCACAAAUCCCUCGCCUGCUUGCGUGAUAGUAUUUAAUGAACAACCUGUCAUCUUGGCAUAUUAAUGAUAAAUUAUAUUGAUGUAAGCAUUUAAAAGUCGAGUUAAAACACCCUAAAAUCAUGCGAGUUGAGAAACAUGGCCAGUGAAUUGAUUUUCAUUCUCUGAUAUAUAUCUAUCUAGGUUUGGAUUUAUUUCAAGUAAUCAAAAUUACUGAGAGAAUUGACAGCACAGUAUGAAUAAUGCGUCUGAAUUGUUUGCAUAAUUAUGUAAAUUGCGUCAAAGAUGAGUACCUUGCAGGCAAGGAUUUUAACUGUAUAGGGUUUAAUAAUGGGAACUACCAGAAUAAUGCAAAUUUUGACGCCCUGAUGCUGUCAUUUUUGUCGUUAUCCAACUCCAUUUGUCUCGGAUUUUGCUAGGAUUUGAAGGAUAAUAUUAACCUUCAGAAGAAAAGAGGCAGUUGUGUACCUUGAGCAGAGAUCUUUUGCAAGUUUUCCAAGGCUACUUGAAAUGAAAUGUCUGCAUUUGAUUUUUUUAAUAAUAAAUUUUUAUUUUAACUAAGUUACCUUUCAUUUUUGAACUAUAAUAUAUUAUGUAUUUUCUACUUAACAAUUUUGAGAAAUGUGCCAAUCAAAAUGCAAUCUUUCUAAAUAAUGAUCAUGUUUCAAGAUAGGCUAGACUGGUUAUGUAGGCGCAUGAGCUAGAAUUAGGCGAUAUUUUGUAAAAUCAUUGUUGUACAAUCACAAAUCAUUCAGAGAUGCAGUUUAUUUCAGGGAAGCUCUCAGUGAAAUGAUCAAUCCACUCUUGAAGCGAUAAGUCACUUCCAAUCCUGGCUGAAUCGAUUGCUAGUUUCUUCUCCACGAAAUUCUCCUUGCUAAAUUAAGCUCACUCAGAUCUCAUUGUGCAUUACCAUAAAACUAAAGACAUACCAGCUGUCCAGUUUUUCUACAAAAUCUUUUGAGGCGCUGGCACGAUCCAGGUACAAGUUCUGAGCUUCACAGACAGAUUUUAGCACAAGCGCUGCGUCUUUUUGCAGUGUCUCAUUCAGUUUGCUCAUUUCUCCUGCAUUUGUGAGUGAUCAAUGGAUAAACUUAGAGAUUUUAGUAUUUAUAUAUAUUAUAUUAU